AUGGAACAUCUUUACGCGAAAAAAAUGUAUAUAAAUAACAAAAAACGAGAAGCAAGCUCUAGUUUGUCUUCCAGAAAACCACUACAUGAUAUUGGCAAUGUUUUAUCAAGGGCAUUUAAGAUUCCAAGCUACAAAAAAGAAGUAGAAGAAGGGAGACAAUUGCGGAAAAAAAGGAAAAUACUUUAUGUAAAUAAUGAUUUGGAAGAGAAAGAAGAUGACUUUUUUCGAAAAGAAAAUGAAAAAACACAAAAUGAGAGUUAUCCAGUGUUUCAAGCAAAAGAUGUAUCAACAGUAUUAAAAAGAAAGUUUAAGGUACCUAUGAUAGAUAAAAGUGAGUUAAAUGGACAAUGGAAAAAUCGGUUACCUCCAGUUUUGGGAACUCUUCGACCGGUAAAAUUUGUGCCUCGUCCUCUCCAUGAUCCUUGUGGAGAGUUUUCUAUUGUUUUAUAUGAUCCAACAAUAGAUGAUUUUCAUGACAAAGAGGAAGAAGAAAACAGGAAAGAAAUUCCAGAAAAACCUAAAAAUGGACCAAAAACACAUAAAUCACUUGCAGAAAUACUUGGUAUAAAGAAACAAGAAAAAUACCCAAAUGUUGCAGUAGUUAUAGAUCCUAAAUUGUCAAAAAUACUCCGUCCACAUCAGAUAGAAGGAGUAAAGUUUCUUUACAAAUGCGUAACAGGUAUGGUUGACUUCCGUGCAAACGGUUGUAUCAUGGCAGAUGAAAUGGGUCUUGGGAAAACACUUCAAUGUAUUACACUUAUGUGGACAUUGCUUAAACAAUCUCCUCAAGCUAAGCGUUCAACUAUUCAAAAAGCAAUUAUAGUAUGUCCAUCAUCUUUAGUUAGAAAUUGGGCAAAUGAAUUAGAUAAAUGGCUUGGGAAAGGAACGAUUAAUCCGCUUAUUAUAGAUAAAAAAAAUAACCGAGAUCAACUUGUACUUUCUUUGUCUAAAUGGGUAUCUGCUACAGGAAAAGACAUUGUACAGCCUAUACUUAUCAUUUCUUACGAAAUGUUAAGAAUGAAUAUUGACCAAUUAAAAAAAUGCCCUAUUGGUCUUCUCCUAUGUGAUGAAGGACAUCGUCUAAAAAAUAGUGAGUCUUUAACUUUUUCUGCUUUAGAUUCUUUACAAGUACAACGUCGAAUAAUUUUGUCAGGCACACCUAUACAAAAUGACUUAUCAGAAUAUUUUUCACUUCUUAACUUUGUAAAUCCAGGAUUAUUAGGUUCUCGAAGCGAAUUUCGUAAAACAUUUGAGCUUCCUAUUUUAAAAGGACGAGAUGCAUUAGGCACUGAUAAAGAUCGUGAAAUUGGUGAUCACAAACUCGAAGAACUUAGUGUUCUUGUGAAUAAAUUUAUUAUUCGUAGAACCAAUGAUAUUUUAUCGAAAUAUCUUCCUGUUAAGUACGAACAUGUCGUGUUUUGCAAUCUUAGUCCUUUCCAAAAAGAUUUAUAUAAAAGCUUUGUGUCAAGCCGUGAAGUUAAUAAUCUUGUUAAGGGUAUAGGGAAUCAACCAUUAAAGGCCAUUGAUUUUUUAAAAAAACUUUGCAAUCAUCCCACUUUAUUAGAUAUUGAGAACGAUUUAAAGCAAUUUGAACAUUGUUUUCCAAAUGAUUUUAUUCCAAAAAAUUCAAAAGAUAGAGAUAUAAAAAUAUGGUAUUCGGGAAAAAUGAUGGUUCUUGAUCGUAUGCUUGCAAGAAUUCGAAAAGAUACUAAUGAUAAAAUUGUUCUUAUUAGCAAUUAUACACAAACACUAAAUCUUCUCGAAAAGCUAUGUCGAUCUAGAAGAUAUGGAUCAUUACGUCUUGAUGGAACAAUGAAUACUAAUAAAAGGCAAAAGCUCAUAGAUAAAUUUAAUGAUCCCGAAAGUGAUGAGUUUAUUUUUUUAUUAAGUAGUAAAGCUGGUGGAUGUGGGCUUAAUCUUAUUGGAGCAAAUAGACUAAUUUUAUUUGAUCCAGAUUGGAACCCAGCUGCAGAUCAGCAAGCAUUAGCUCGCGUCUGGAGAGAUGGGCAAAAAAAAGAUUGUUUUAUUUACCGUUUCAUUGCAACAGGUACUAUUGAAGAAAAGAUUUUCCAACGUCAAUCCCAUAAACAAUCUUUAUCAUCAUGUGUUGUUGACGAAGCACAAAACGUAGAAAGACACUUUUCUCUUGAUAGUUUACGGCAAUUAUUUGAAUUAAAUCUUGAUACUUUGUGUGACACUCAUGACACUUUUAAAUGUAAAAGGUGUAAAAAUGAUAAACAAUUCAUUAAAGCACCAGCAUUACUUUAUGGUGAUACUAGCACUUGGAAUCAUUUCUCAAAGUCAUCUCUUGAAAAAAUCAAUGAUUUCUUACUUUUACAAGAAACAAAAAAUGACAUUGUUUCAUUUGUUUUUCAAUAUAUAAGUCAUUAA